AUGAGGAAUAAUUUGAUCUUUGGUAACAUAGCGGAAAGUUCGGACGAAUCUCCCGUGCAAACUGAGGCAAAGUUACGCGAGUUUAUGACUGAUAAACUUAAAAUGGCAGCUGAUCUUGUGGAUCAAAUAAAAUUUGAGCGGGUGCAUCGCAUGAAGCGUAACACGGUUAGGAGUGAUCAAUCUCGCAGGCCACGCAAUAUUGUUGCUAAAUUUACAUUAUUUAAGGAUAGAGAAAUCGUUCGUCGUUUGAAGAGUAAACUGGAAGGAACCAACUUCUAUUUGCAUGAGCAAUAUCCGCCCGAGAUUAUGGAACGCAGAAAAAAGCUGAUACCCAAACUCAAAGCGCCCAAACGUGAAGGCAAAUCAGCGUGGAUCAGUUAUGACACAUUGUAUGUCAACGGAGUUCGGUGCGGGAUAGGGCAGCAGAUUAGGGGCGCGUUGAGGAUGAACUCUCUAUUUAUUCUUGGAACAUUAACGGCCUGA